AUGAAAAUGCUUGAGAAGGAAAUGUUGCCAUCCUUCGCCACUUUCAUAGCUCAUUUCGGUUACUGUAAUCGUGUCUGCGCUGCUGAUGUUGCGAGAGGAUUAGCGGGGAGGUUAGAAACACCAAAGCGAACUCCGCUCGUUGAGCGAUUUGAGUCUGCUCGUGGUAUUUUACGUUGUUUUAUGAAAUCUGGUCAGGAUUCUGGACCCCUCGUCAAAUCGUUUGAGUUCUACAAGAUUGGUCUCGAAUGCGUUUGGGCGUUGGUAGCAGCCGCUGUUAAUCAGCAAGAAAUCCUUCCUGUUGGACCUUUCUAUCUUCACUCAUCGACGCACAGCUUAGAUGAUAUAAUGGAUUCAAGACAUUUUCUCUUUCUGUUCACUACGUUUUUGCAACGUGCAUUUUGCUCAAUGAGGCGAAAUCGAGAUAGAACGACGAAACCUCUUGUGGUGAGCUUAGCGCUAUCCGGAUAUAUGCAAGGUUGGCACGUUGUCACUGGUGUAAUGCCCUUAGAUACAGUAUAUAAGGAUGCGCAAUUGAUGAGUUUUAUGGGACGUGCCUUUGAACGAGCAGCGGAACAAGCUAGUCUAGACAUUCGGCGGGACAGUUUUGAUCCAAAUGUGGUUUAUAUUCGAUCCGAGGAUCGAUCUCGUUUCUUCGACUUACUUCAAGCUGUGAUGGAGAUUGAAUCCUAG